CGAAUCUGAUGCACUUUCAAGUUGGGCUACAAUUGUUCAGAGGUAUAUAUACAGUUGGUGCCUACUCCGUAUUUGUGCUCUCUGCGAGAAUCUUUGAAUCGCCCAGUCGAUCAAUCCCUCCGAAUCACAAUCAUCAACACUGCCUCGAAGAAGCUCGAUCGCGCUUCGCUCGCAUUCGCUUUGAUCUCUUCCACCGAUAAGCUCGUCGGACUCUCUCUCUCUCUCUCUGUGAUGGACGGCGUUAUUGACCGGAGCUCCGAUGAGCGACCGACGGUCUUGGUCACCAACGACGACGGCAUCGACGCUCCUGGCUUGCGCGCUCUGGUUCGCGCCCUCGUCUCCGCCGACAGAUUCCACGUCCGAGUCUGCGCUCCCGAUUCGGAAAAGUCUGCUGUGAGUCAUAGCAUCACAUGGCGUCAUCCUAUAGCUGUUAAGCGAGUAGAUAUCGAUGGCGCGGAAGCCUUUGCGGUCUCUGGAACUCCAGCGGAUUGUACUUCUUUGGGAAUCUCUAAUGCAAUCUUUUCUUCGAUUCCUGACCUGGUACUCAGUGGUAUUAACAAGGGCAGCAACUGUGGUUAUCACACAGUUUACUCUGGAACUGUAGCUGGCGCUCGUGAGGCCUUCUUUAAUGGUGUUCCUUCUGUCUCAAUGUCAUAUGACUGGGUUGGAGGUAAAAGCAAGGUUGAUGACUUCACUCUUGCCGCUGAGGCUUGUCUACCUAUAAUAGGUGCAAUACUCCAUAGGAUCAGAAACCACAGUUAUCCGAAUGGUUGUUUUCUGAAUGUAGAUCUACCAACAGAUAUUGCAAACCACAAGGGGUAUAAGCUGACUGACCAGGGUAGAAACUUUUUCGUGAUGGGAUGGAGACUGGUGUCCUCAGAAAAGCAAGGUGGACAAAUGUUGUCGACAAUGACUAUGGAUAAAGAUGUAGCAGAUUUGCCUGAUAUGGAUGCAUCAACUAUCUCAGCAGAACAUCGUCUGUUCAAGAGAGAAGUAAGGAAAUCUCAAGUUGAUGACAGCGAUAUGGACCACCACUCUCUUCAAGAAGGAUAUAUUACCGUUACUCCUCUGGGUGGCCUUUCUCCUGCUGAGAAAGAAUUUCAGGCCUUCUUUAAAGAUUGGCUGCCAAGUUUAUCUGAACGCCCCUGUUCAUCAGCCUUAUAGUUCUCCAAUUUCCAUGUGUUGCUGAUUUUCUCCUAGAAGUAGAUUAUAUUCAUAAAAAUGGAUCUUCGCCGAUAAGAUUCGGUGGUUUCCAUUCAAAGCACCUUGAAGCUCUAUAAUCAGCUUAUUCUGCUUCCAGUUUCAUAUGAUGUGUGUGGAUGAUGCUCAUCAGUGUCAGCUACCUUUCUAUUUGGAAUAAUGUAAUAGCUACUUACCUC